AUGACGGCCACAGCUGCAGUGGAGACACCAAAAAUGGAGAAGAAUGCCUCCAAGGAAGAAAAACAGCAGCCUAAAGAAAACAGCACAGAGCAAGGUAAUGUUGAUUCUGAAGAGUGGAUGAGUUCUGAGAGUGACCCUGAACAGAUGAGCCUUAAAAUCCACAGCAACAACAGCUGCCAUCCUGUUGAUAGUCAGUUGAAGAAAAAGGAGAUGCACUCCAAACCCCACCGCCAGCUCUGCCGAUCACCCUGCCUGGAUCGUCCUAGCUUCUCCCAGAGCAGUAUUUUACAUGAUGGUAAACUCGACUUGGAGAAGGAAUACCAAGCCAAGAUGGAUUUUGCUCUAAAGCUGGGCUAUGCUGAAGAACAGAUCCAAUCUGUGCUGAAUAAGCUGGGCCCUGAAUCACUUAUUAAUGAUGUAUUGGCAGAGCUUGUCAGACUUGGAAACAAAGGGGACUCAGAAGGGCAGGUCAAUUUAAGUCUAUUAGUGCCCCAUGGGCCCAGCUCCAGAGAAAUUGCAAGCCCUGAAUUGUCUCUUGAAGAUGAAAUAGACAACAGUGACAAUUUGAGACCGAUUGUCAUUGAUGGAAGUAAUGUGGCAAUGAGCCAUGGAAAUAAAGAAGAAUUCUCCUGCAGAGGAAUACAACUUGCAGUAGAUUGGUUCCUAGAUAAAGGCCAUAAAGAUAUCACUGUAUUUGUGCCUGCCUGGAGAAAGGAACAAUCUCGCCCUGAUGCACCAAUUACAGAUCAAGAUAUACUACGUAAAUUGGAGAAGGAGAAGAUUCUUGUCUUCACACCAUCCCGGAGAGUUCAGGGCAGAAGAGUUGUCUGUUAUGAUGACCGGUUUAUAGUGAAAUUGGCUUUUGAUUCUGAUGGCAUCAUUGUGUCAAAUGAUAACUACCGAGACCUUCAAGUUGAAAAGCCAGAAUGGAAGAAGUUUAUAGAGGAGCGGUUGCUGAUGUAUUCCUUCGUAAAUGACAAAUUUAUGCCUCCAGACGAUCCUUUAGGACGCCAUGGCCCCAGCCUUGAAAAUUUUCUAAGAAAGAGACCUGUUGUUCCUGAGCACAAGAAGCAACCGUGUCCUUAUGGCAAAAAAUGCACCUAUGGCCACAAGUGCAAAUAUUACCAUCCGGAGCGGGCUAACCAACCCCAGCGUUCAGUGGCUGAUGAGCUUCGCAUCAGUGCCAAAUUGUCCACAGUGAAAACUAUGAGUGAGGGCACCCUGGCCAAGUGUGGCACGGGAAUGUCUAAUGCCAAAGGUGAAAUGACCUCAGAGGUCAAACGUGUAGCCCCCAAGCGCCAAUCAGACCCCAGCAUCCGGUCUGUGGCUGUGGAGCCUGAAGAAUGGCUGUCCAUUGCCCGUAAGCCUGAGGCCAGCUCUGUCCCCUCACUUGUGACUGCCCUUAGUGUUCCUACAAUCCCACUCCCCAAAAGCCAUGCAGUGGGUGCACUCAACACCCGUUCAGCUAGCAGCCCAGUGCCAGGAUCCUCUCAUUUUCCUCACCAGAAGGCCUCACUGGAGCACAUGGCCAGCAUGCAGUACCCCCCUAUCCUGGUUACCAACAGCCAUGGGACUCCUAUUAGCUACACUGAGCAAUACCCAAAGUUUGAAUCCAUGGGGGACCAUGGCUACUAUUCAAUGCUAGGCGACUUCUCCAAACUGAACAUCAACAGCAUGCACAACCGAGAGUACUACGUGGCUGACGCAGACCAGGGCGUGUAUGUCCGGAAUCCUAACCUCUGUCCUGACAGUCGUAUGAGCCAUACUAGGAAUGACAACUAUUCCUCUUAUAACAACUUGUACUUGGCUGUAGCUGAUACCCACCCGGAAGGCAGUUUGAAGCUGCACCGCUCUGCAUCUCAGAACCGUCUUCAGCCUUUUUCUCAUGGUUACCAUGAAGCCUUAACGAGAGUACAGAGCUAUGGCCCAGAGGAUUCCAAACAAGCCCCCCACAAGCAGUCAGUCUCCCACUUAGCUUUGCAUGCCCAGCACCCAGCAACUGGAGCACACUCUGGCUGCCCUGGAGACUAUCCCAUUCCCCCCAACAUUCAUCCUGGGGCAACCUCCCAACCAGGCCGGGCUCUAGUGAUGACUCGAAUGGACAGUAUUUCUGACUCCCGCCUCUAUGAGAGCAACCCCAUGCGGCAAAGACGACCUCCUCUGUGCCGGGAACAGCAUGCCAGCUGGGAUCCACUUCCCUGUGCAACCGAAUCCUAUGGUUACCGCUCCUAUCCCUUAAGUAAUAGCCUCAUGCAGCCAUGUUAUGAGCCAGUCAUGGUAAGGAGCGUGCCUGAAAAGAUGGAGCAGCUCUGGAGGAAUCCUUGGGUUGGAAUGUGUAAUGAUUCCAGGGAGCAUAUGAUCCCAGAGCACCAAUAUCAGACCUACAAGAACCUCUGCAAUAUUUUCCCUUCUAACAUCGUUCUUUCAGUGAUGGAGAAGAAUCCCCACACAGCAGAUGCUCAGCAACUGGCAGCCUUGAUUGUUGCCAAGCUUCGGGCUGCACGUUGAUGUGAUAGGGGAACUUACUUCCUUACUAGGAAACUUCCUUACUAGGAAUAUGAAGAUUAAUACUAAUAAUAUACUGAGAGUAUGUUUUAGUAACUAAACUUUGUGCAGCCCUUUAAAAGUUACAGAGUGUUUACAUCAUUUAAGUGGAUAACAACUCUGUGAGGUAGGUCUUCCUAAACAUCCUCUUUUGCAAAGAAAGCAGCUGGCACUCAGUCACAUUAAAGUGACCUGCCAAGGUCACACUGAUAGUAAAUGACCAAGUCAAGACACACACAGAAGUCCUCGAACUCUAAGUCCCUUGCCCUUUGCACUGUAUUUUGUAGGUAAUGGAGGACAAAUCCCAGGGGAAAGGCAUACAUGCAAGCAGUCCCAAGGGAUUCCAUUGCCAUUGUGUUCUCAGUCACACAUUCUAUAUUACAAAGUAUGGAUGAUACAUCCAACGGAGAUUACAAAUGUACCAGAA